AUGACAACAAUAUACAAGCGUGCAGCGUGCGUUAUUUCAUGGCUUGGACGCGGCACUGCCGAAAGUGACUUGGCUUUCGCCGCAUUGCAGAAGUUCAAUUUCGGACAUGAUCCACUUCUCAGCAGACUUGUUGAUCAGGAGAGACCUUGUAACAGCGUCGUCGCAGCUAUUGAAUAUGCCAUCUCAAUGAUCCGGGAAGAAUUUAUGCUUCCGAAUGCUGGUCUCGGCUCCUCGCGGGCAUUUAGAGAAAUCGUCUCGCUUUCGGGAGACGCUAUAUCAACGCUUCUCAAAGAUGCUGAGCACCUGGAUGCUGUCCUUGCUCUAGCAAAUCACGUAUAUUGGCCACGGAUGUGGAUAUUCCAGGAGUUUACUUGUGCUCGCAAACGGUUGUUUCUUUGUGGCAACAGCUUGACCGACAAUCUCGACCUCGCCCUGGAAAGUGUAAUGCAUUGGCGCGGUCUCUCAAGAGCUUCUGGUGAAAGCAAGCUCCACGCAGCUUUACCUCCGAUGAUUACAGCAGCAAACAACCUAGGGUUCCGAAGAUGGAAGUUUCAUUUAGGGCCAAGGCUAGGGCCUAAGGUUUGGCAGUUGCUCUCGCGGUAUCGGAAACAUGAUGCUCCCGUUCUUCUGAGCCUGUUGCGACGACUCCAUUUGCUCCACGCUACAGACGCCCGAGAUCAUGUCUAUGCACUUAUUUCAGUAGCUGCAGACCGGCGGGAGUUACACAUCACUCCGGAUUAUGCGAAAUCAGUUGAAGUCGUCUUCACAGAAAUCACAUCAGCACUGCUUCGGCACGGCAACUUGGACACUCUGCUUGACGCAACAAGAUCGGAACCAAGACCUGACCUGCCGUCAUGGGUCCCAUACUGGUCCAACUUGUCAGAACCGGGUUUUGACCCGCAUCUCUAUCGUUUACACGGGUCAAGUGACUGGUAUCAACGCUCUCCUGCCCUUGAUAUGUCCCGCUUUCCUGACCUAAUCCAUCUGGAUGGAUUCAUUAUUGAUGAAAUUGUACUUGUGGGAGACACUUACAGGGGCCGAAUCUCUCGCAACAGCGAUGGUCCGAACGAGAAGCCAUCAAAGCUUCUCCAGUCAUGGUUGGAUUCGAUUGGGACUGCCAUUUGGGACCAUGACGGUAUGUUAAAGAUCAAAACGAACAGGAAACUUCUGCAAGAGAAUGCAUCACCACCGAUCUUUUGCUCACAGCAACUGUCGGCCUCCAAGUCAAGACUGAACUAG